GUUAGGUCGAUAUGUAUUAAUUCAAAACAUUCAGGUAGUUUAAUUAAACAUGCAUAUUUUUUGGGGGUUAUUUCAGUAUUUCCCCUAAACUAUCAAAGAAAACGUGAAAAAGGGAAAAAGAAGGAUCCGGCGUCGUUUCAUAUGAUUCGAAAAGUUCCGUUUCUCUCCAGCGAUGAACGCCGACGACGGAGAAGCCAUGGCAACGACGAGGACAAGCGAAGAGAUCGAAAGAGAAGCAGAGGAGAAUCGAAAAGAAGCUUUAUUGGCGUCAACGCAAUCUCUCCAACCUAACUUCAAUCGUUCCAACGUCACCCCGAAGCAAAUUUCGAAAUUACAGGAGCUACACAAGAGACGUAUGGAAAUAAAAGCCCGUACAAAGAUUCAUAAGAAGCCACCUAAAGCGAGCCAGAAAUGUCAGAGUAAAGCAAUCGAAGAUGGCAAAAUAAGCUCUAAACAAUUGAAAGAAUCAACUUCCUCUUCUACCGUAGAAGAGCAGAAUCAUGAUAAGACAGUAGUUACAGUACCAAAGAAGCCACAAAAGCUGUUUUGGGGGCUUGAUACUAGGGAAAGGUGGGAAAGGAAAGCCAACAUGUAGUUCGAUGAAUCGAUUUCUCUCGUUAUUGAUAACUUAGUUCAUUGUACAA